CUGUCGCCGCUUUAAGACAGUAGGGGGCGCAGCUCCAGGGAGUACUUGUGUAGAACCGUCCCGGACGUACAGCUGCUGUUUGUUGUGCGGUAGAGGCCCGAGAGGAGCUCGCGGAGAUGGCACCGGCGCAGAGCAGAGUCUAUGUGGUGGGAGUUGGCAUGACCAAGUUUAUAAAACCCCGAGGUGAGGUUGAUUAUCCGGAUAUGGCUAAGGAGGCAGGAGAGAAGGCUCUGGCUGAUGCAGGAAUUGCAUAUUCCUUGGUGGAGCAGGCAUGUGUGGGCUACGUCUAUGGUGACUCAACAUGUGGACAGCGGGCGAUCUAUCACAGCCUGGGGCUCACAGGAAUCCCCAUCAUCAACGUGAACAACAACUGCUCCACCGGCUCUACAGCUCUCUUCAUGGGCAGACAGCUGGUCCAGGGAGGGUUGGCAGACUGUGUUUUAGCUCUUGGCUUUGAGAAGAUGCAGCGGGGCUCGUUAUCGUCCGUGUACACUGACCGGACCAACCCUAUGGAUAAACAUACAGAGGUCAUGGUCAACAAGUAUGGUGUGGAAGCUGCUCCAAUGGCUCCUCAGCUGUUUGGAAGAGCCGGCCUGGAACACAUGGAGAAAUAUGGAACAAAGUUGGAACAUUUUGCUAAGAUUGCCUGGAAGAAUCACAAACAUUCGACCAACAAUCCGUACUCACAGUUUCAAGAGGAAUACAGCUUAGAUCAAGUGAAGAAUUCCCGGAAGGUCUUCGAUUACCUUACAGUUCUCCAGUGCUGUCCCACCUCUGAUGGUGCAGCAGCAGCCAUUCUGGCAAGUGAAGACUUUGUGAAGAAACAUGGGCUUCAGCACCAAGCUGUUGAGAUUGUGGCACAGGAGAUGGUAACGGACACGUCCAGCACAUUUAACGAGCAAAGCUGCAUCAAGAUGGUUGGAUUUGACAUGUCCAGGACUGCAGCAGAGAGGUGUUAUCAGAAGGCCGGUGUGAGACCAGACGAUGUGGAUGUAAUCGAGCUUCAUGACUGCUUCUCUGCUAAUGAGCUCAUUACAUAUGAGGCACUUGGACUCUGCCCAUUGGGUAGAGCAGGAGAAUUGAUUGACAGAGGAGACAACACAUAUGGAGGACGCUGGGUUAUCAAUCCAAGUGGAGGUUUGAUCUCGAAGGGGCAUCCACUGGGAGCCACAGGCCUGGCUCAGUGUGCAGAGCUCUGCUGGCAGCUCCGAGGUCAGGCUGGGAAAAGACAGGUUCCGGGAGCCAAGCUCGCUCUGCAGCACAACAUCGGACUAGGGGGGGCCGUGGUGGUUACGUUAUACAAGAUGGGCUUUCCGGACGCAGCAGCCAGAUCUUCCCGUAUCCAGCUGAAUCCGACCAGCGCCGAAGACGGAUUUAAAGCCCAGUUUGUAUUCAAGGAAAUUGAGAAGAAAUUGAAAGAGGAAGGGGAACAGUACGUUAAGAAGAUUGGAGGAGUCUUUGCCUUUAAAGUGAAGGAUGGACCCGGUGGAAAAGAGGCAACUUGGGUGGUUGAUGUGAAGAACGGCAAAGGCUCGGUGUCCUUCGACUCCGAUAAGAAAGCGGACUGUACGAUCUCAAUGUCCGACUCUGACCUAUUGGCUCUGAUGACCGGUCAGAUCAAUCCACAGACCGCUUUCUUCCAGGGCAAACUGAAAGUCACUGGAAAUAUGGGUCUGGCCAUGAAGUUGCAGACUCUCCAGCUGCAGCCUGUGAAAGCCAAGCUCUGAAGAGAUCGUGCGUGCGAUACAUGAGAAAUGCCGGCAGUACAGCAGAUGCCAACCCUUCUGAUGCCCAGAUGUCAUCAAUGCUGGCAUCUAGAGGACCAAUCACAACUGCUGCUUUCCCUACCCAAGAAUAAAGAAUCAUGUCCCCUUUAUUUCUAAGCAGGUGGCAGUGCAUCUGCGCACGUGUACAUGUAUAUAGGUGUACGAAUCCGGAAUCCUGGUCUAUGAUGCCAGUCUGUUUAGAAAUUAAGGCGUUUGUAGGGAUGGGGCUUCUAACGGUGUGACUUAAUCUGAUGUCUUCUGUCUGUCUUCUCAACACUAAUGGAUUAAAAUGAUUUCAGAGGCGGCUCUAUAGCGCAGCAGUGAUUUAAUCCCUGUAAUCUUGGGAUAGGAGGCAGGUCUCCUGCCCGGCACCUGAACGCCACGGAUGCAGAAUUCUCUAACCUGUUAAUAGUCAGAAUAACACUUAAUAAAAGCCACUAAUUUCACAAUA